AUGCCAGCUGGUUCGUCGAAUUCUCAAGAUUCAUUCCCCGCUCCGGGCGCAGCCGCGAAUCCAGCGAUUGAUGGUUAUCCAGGCUAUCCGGGCAGUUAUCCCGGCACUGCUGGUCCACAGCCGGACUACGGCGCGGGUGUUGGCCAAAUGCAACGGCCACCCCCACAAAGCAACGCACAAACUCCACAUGCAGGCAAUACUCAAACAGCAGCAACUGGUGAUAAUAUUAGUGUGAGCAAUCCUUUUGACGAUCCGGUUGUGGGUGGCGGUGGUAGUGGCAAUAGUAGUGUGAGCAAUGCACCACCGCCGCCGCGUGCCUCCCCUUAUCAACAGGGCGCUGGCAAUUCGUACACGCCGGUGUCUAGGACGCCAGCACAAAGUCAUCCCAUUUCACGGCCCUCUAGUAAUCAAUCGAGUAGUGGCGGUCCUAUGCAGCAGCCUGGCACGUCUGGACCACCACCGCCCCACAUGCAAACGGCGCAAGGUGGCGGCGGUCCACAGGCUCAACAACAACAACAACAACAACAACAGCAGCAACAACAAAUGCCUGUACAACAACCGCAAUCUCAGCAGCAGCAGCAUUUAGGAACUUACCCGCCACGUCCGCAGUAUACGCCCAGCGGCUAUGCGCCCACACCGCCGCCUUCAAAUCAACCAACAUCCGCGAAUAGUAUGCCACCAGGUGGCGGCCCUCAAUAUCCUGGUCGACCAAUGCCGAAUCACACCGGCGCCGGUGGUCCGCACUCUCAAUAUCCACCCUAUCAGAAUUGGGUGCCACCCUCACCUCAAGGCGGACCCGGUAGCGGUGGAGCACCAGGUGGCGGCGGCGCAGCGGGCAUGGGCAAUCAUGUACAGGGCAAAGGCACACCACCACCGGGCGGACCGCCACAACCACCCGGAGGCGGCUCACCACGCCCCCUCAACUAUCUAAAGCAGCAUUUACAACAUAAGGGUGGCUAUGGUAGCGGUCCAGCGCCGCAGCAGGGCUACGGAAAUGGACCUGGCAUGCAUCCAGGCAUGCCAAUGGGACCGCCACACCACAUGGGGCCACCACAUGGACCUACCAGCAUGGGACCACCUACCAUUACACCUCCACAAACGAUGGGUGGUAUUAGUGGGCCAGGUGUGGUUGGUCCCGGUGGUGGUAUGGUUGGUGUGGGCGGCGCCGUUGGCAGUGGCGUGAUAUUGCCUGGCGAUGGCGAACACAUCUCCCAGGAUAACGGCAUUAGUUCGUCGGGCUCUUCAACAGCAUCGGGACCACAUCCAGUUACUUCGGUGGUGACGACCGGACCGGAUGGAACGCCCAUCGACGAAGUUAGCCAACAAAGUACGCUAUCCAAUGCAUCAGCAGCUUCGGGUGAAGAUCCACAAUGCACAACUCCAAAAUCACGAAAAAACGAUCCAUACAGCCAAAGCCAUCUAGCGCCGCCCAGCACAUCGCCGGUCGGACACCCCGGGCACCCUGGUGGACCGGGUGAGGAGUAUGAAAUGAGUUCUCCACCAAAUUGGACGCGAACACCAGCUAGUCCGCAGGUUUUCAAUAGCCACGUUCCGCCUCAAGAGACUUUUCGUACAUCGUCUACAAAAAAAUCAGAUAGCCUAUGUAAACUUUACGAAAUGGAUGAUAAUCCGGAAAGGCGCAGUUGGCUGGAUAAGCUGCGCGCAUUCAUGGAGGAGCGACGCACACCAAUCACCGCCUGUCCAACAAUAUCGAAGCAACCGCUCGAUUUGUAUAGGUUAUAUAUUUAUGUAAAAGAACGUGGAGGAUUCGUCGAGGUUACUAAAAGUAAAACCUGGAAGGAUAUUGCCGGUUUGUUGGGCAUUGGCGCGAGCAGCAGUGCCGCUUAUACUCUACGCAAGCACUACACAAAGAAUUUAUUGACAUUUGAGUGUCACUUCGAUCGCGGUGACAUCGAUCCCUUGCCCAUUAUUCAGCAAGUGGAAGCUGGCACAAAAAAGAAAUCGGCCAAAGCGGCUUCAGUACCAUCGCCAGGUAAGAGAAAAUUUGAUCUGUCACUAACUAUUUUCAUAUAUAUAUAUUUUCAUUUGUUCACAGGCUCUCCAUAUCCAGGACAGCCGGGAGCCUAUGGUCAAUAUGGUUCGAGCGAUCAAUACAAUGCGACUGGGCCACCCGGCCAGUUCGGCCAAAGUCAAGGACCUCAGUUUCCGCCACAAAAUCGAAAUAUGUACCCUUCUUAUGGGCCCGAGGGGGAAGCUCCUCCACCUGGUGCAAAUCAAUACGGUCCUUAUGGCAGUCGUUCGUACAGUCAACCGCCGCCGGGUAGCUCUCAAACACCUACACCACCGGGCUCGGCUGUGGCCGGCGCUGCGGGUCCACCAACCGUUGGCCCGGCAGCUCCAGGCGGUGGCUAUCCGCCCAGUGCACCAACACAGGACUAUUACAGACCGCCCGAUCAGACUCCUCAACCUCGACGGCAUCCGGACUUUGUGAAAGACUCUCAGCCCUAUCCAGCGUAUAAUACAAGACCUCAAAUGUAUGGUGGUUGGAGUGGUUCAAAUCAGUACCGUGGACAGUAUCCUUCUGCACCAUCACCCCAAGGUUGGGGCGGCGCACCACCUCGUACAGCCGCACCACCAGGCACUGGUCCACUUGGACCACCAAACCAGCAAGCAUCGACCGCCGUGCAAUGGGAGCAGCAUCGUUAUGCGCCCCAACAACCUCCACCGCCACCACAACAACAGCCGCCAUAUCAGCAACAAAGUCAGCAGCAACAACCACAGCCGCCGCCACAGUGGGCGCAAAUGGCCGGCAACGCUCAGCAGCCACCACCACAACCAGGUGCACCCGGAUCAACGUUACGGCCGCCUGGCGGUAGUCAACAGCAACCGCCACAGCAGCGACCCGGCAUGCCGCCGCCACCCGCGCAGCAACCAACCGUUGGACCAACGUCCAAUCAACCCAUGACAAAACCACCAUUUGCGAUGCCACCGCCACCACAGGUCAGUGGCACAGUUGCGCCAGCUUGCGGCCCGCCACCAUCUGUUGCGGCUCCACCCAGCACUGUCAGUGUUAUGCCACCAGUCAUGGGCGCGCCAGUUGCCGGUGCACCCAAGCCACCGGUUUCCGUAGUAAGCGCUGUACCGCAACUGGGCACACCUGGCUUGCCACAGGUGACAACGCAACAACAACCGCCACAAGCACAGCCACAGCAACCAUUUCCAACUCCCCCAGGCGCCCAGCUAGUUAAAAAAGAAAUAGUUUUCCCGCCGGACAGCGUUGAAGCCACCACACCUGUGCUGUAUAGGCGUAAGCGGCUUGCAAAAACCGAUGUUUGUCCCGUAGAUCCAUGGCGUAUUUUCAUGGCAAUGCGUUCCGGUCUGUUGACUGAGUGCACCUGGGCAUUAGACGUGCUGAACGUGCUACUUUUCGAUGACACAACGGUGCAGUACUUUGGAUUGGCACAUUUGCCGGGUCUGUUGACGUUACUUUUGGAACAUUUCCAAAAGAAUCUAGCAGAGAUGUUUAACGAUAGUGACGCAGACGUGGAACAACGUGGCGGUAGUCGGCACAUCCGUUCCGUACAAAACUACAACCGCAAACGGCAUUGCAUUGGAGGUAGCGACACCGUCGAGUACAAUAACGAUUACGAAAAAUUUAAGUCAUCGAAAAUGCCAUUGGCCGACAAUGACGAUGACGAGGAUGAAGGCAUCGAUUUGGGACAAAUACGUGUGCUACCAAACCCCGAGGAGCGUGUUAUGUUGCUCUCUAACACGCCCAACUACACGUUGAUGUCACGCAAGGGUUUGCCAGUACGUCUACAAUCAGCAGAGGAUGAUAUAUUUGUAUCGGAUAGACAAAAGGAUUGGGACUCAGAGGUGGAGCCUAUUUAUGAGCAGGCAACGGGGAACGAAACUACACCCUGGAGUUGGACAUAUGGUUUUGCGGACCGCAAUGCGCACGACGGUAUAAUCGACGUGUUCAAGUCGGAGAUCAUAAACAUUCCUUUCGCUCGUUACGUACGCAGCCGUAGCGAUAAAAAUCGCGGAGGGGCAGAGGCGACAAAGUCGCGUGGGAAAGCUAGUGGCGCUGUCAGUGCCGAAGAUGUGCAGAGUGUUGUAGACGGCAGUGAGGCCAGCAGCAAAAUUUUGAUAAAUGAACCGACGGAAGAGGGCUGCGCUGAGGAUAGCAAACUACAGCACACGUUUAACAAGAAGCGGCGACUCUUCAACAACAGCAGUGGCGCAAGCAAACACAGUCAAGUCGGGGCCGCGUUCGCUUUUGACGCCAGCGGCGCUAAAAAGUCGAAAUUACAAGAGGACGAAAACGCAUUUGCACCACCGAGUCUUAAAAGGGAGCCAACGGACACGGUGUCAACAGAAAACGCCGUCGUUGCCACCGACAGCGAUUGUCGUGAGGUGGAUAUGGAAAUCGAACUGCUGCCGCAACAACGUCUAGUUGGCGGCGGCAAUAGUGGUGUACUGAAAAAUUUCGACCCCAUGUCAACGGUGCGCGACGCAGCACAAGUGUUGCAGCGGCGCCGUGCCUCCACGGUCGAAGAAGAGUGCUAUACUCGAGACGAAGCCAGUCUGUACCUAGUUAGCGAGUGUCAGGAUGCGCUAGCGCGUCGCUGUAUCUGCCUAUCGAACAUAUUCCGCAAUUUGACGUUCGUGCCGGGCAAUGAAACACUCUUGGCCAAGUCGCGCCGAUUCCUAGCCAUACUUGGCCGCCUCCUGCUGCUCAACCACGAGCACUUACAGCGUACACCCAAAACGCGUAACUAUGAUCGCGAAGAGGACACCGAUUUCUCAGAUUCAUGCAGCUCACUUCAAGGCGAAAGAGAAUGGUGGUGGGACUACUUGGUGCACAUACGCGAAAAUAUGCUUGUCGCGUUGGCGAACAUUGCAGGCCAUCUUGAAUUGUCACGUUACGAUGAGCUCAUAGCGCGGCCUCUCAUCGACGGUCUGCUGCACUGGGCGGUGUGUCCAAGUGCACACGGUCAAGAUCCCUUCCCGUCUUGUGGUCCAAACACUUCGCUUUCGCCACAGCGUCUGGCGUUAGAGGCUCUCUGUAAGUUGUGUGUGACAGACGCAAAUGUCGAUCUCGUGAUAGCGACACCACCGCAUUCGCGCCUCGAAAAGUUGUGUGCGGUGUUGACGCGCCACCUUUGCCGCAACGAGGAUCAGGUACUGCGUGAGUUUUCCGUUAAUUUGCUGCAUUAUCUGGCCGCAGCUGACAGUGCCAUGGCACGUACAGUGGCCUUACAGUCGCCCUGCAUCUCAUACCUUGUGGCAUUCAUCGAACAGGCCGAGCAAACGGCAUUGGGAGUUGCCAACCAGCAUGGAAUCAAUUACCUGCGUGAAAAUCCCGACUCAAUGGGUACAAGUUUGGACAUGCUGCGACGUGCUGCCGGCACCCUGCUGCAUCUGGCCAAACAUCCGGACAACCGUUCCCUGUUCAUGCACCAAGAGCAGCGUCUGCUUGGAUUGGUGAUGUCUAACAUUCUCGACCAGCAGGUUGCGCUGAUUAUAUCGCGUGUACUGUUCCAAGUUUCGCGUGGCACCGGUGUCGGCGGCCCGUCGUCGAUACCAUCGCUGGAAUAUCGUUUUCAACAAAGGCAGGAGGAAAAAAACUCUGCUGCAGAUAGGCAUUUCACGCCAGGUGCUGACGUGAGAGCUCAAGUCAAAGUGGAAACCGCACCCUCAGCGCCAUCGACAGGUGCACCAACAUCAAUUGAGCCCCAAGCUGUGAAUACUGAGGUGGCAGCACAUGCAACUCGAACGCUCACCAGUGAUAUUAAGCGAGAAGAUUUAACANAAGCUCAAGUCAAAGUGGAAACCGCACCCUCAGCGCCAUCGACAGGUGCACCAACAUCAAUUGAGCCCCAAGCUGUGAAUGCUGAGGUGGCAGGACAUGCAACUCGAACGCUCACCAGUGAUAUUAAGCGAGAAGAUUUAACAGCGACUGCAGCAGAUGCGGCCGGCGGUAUCAACGCUAAUGGCAACAUUAGCGCGAGUAGCCACAAUAUGAGCGAAAUCAGCAGUAGUGACUCUACGCCCAUACACAAGCAGCCAUUGUCUGCAGCUGCGAAUGCGGCAAUGAGCAAGUCGCAAAACGCAUGCGCCUCCGUCGAUGAUAACAGCAACAGCAGCAAUGCUUUGGCCCCCGCCGCGGCGUUGCUUAACGAUGUUAGCAAUAGCAGCACCAACAGUAACAGUUGUGGCACAGUGAGCAGCAACAGCAAUAGUAAUAGCAUAGGCAGUGGCAACAACAACACCAACAGCAACAUGCACAUUAAAAGCGCGAUAGAGAACGCCAGUGCGAAUGCGCUGGGUGCUGCGGUAGGAUCAACACUGACAAACAGCGAGGCGGGUCACAUGCAGCCGACGCUGCUAAGCUCAAGCAACGGUAACAGUGGUAAGAAUGUGAUAUGUGCAACAAUGCCCCAUAUUAGUGCAGCACCACUUACCAAUGCCAGCAACAAUAAUGCAAAUGGCGCCGCCGUCGACAACAGAAACAACGCGCCUCCAGCAACAAUGAUGGCUGGGGCGACGACACAAUCGUCACCACCGCCACCACCAACUACCGCAGCGACAGCAGCAGCAAGCGUGCCCACAGCGACCGCAGCACCACCGGCCAACUCAACAGCAGCGGUUGCGUAGUACACAACCAUGAUGCCGACAGCUACGUUAGCAGCAAUGCCGGCCGUGACAAUGCAAGAGCAGCACGCAGAUUUAACGCUAGAGCAACAGCCAACGCCUCAGCCUCACCAACACGAACAGCAGCAACUGAGCAUGGAGCAUCACCACCUGCAUCACCAGCAGCAGCAGCAGCAGCAUCAACACCACCACUAUGCGCAGCUGGAAGCACACUACCAACAGCAGGUGCCACUACAACCACCACCACCGCCGCAGCAGCAGCCACACUACCAUGUGCCGCCGCCAUUCCACUAUCACUGGGGCAAACAGCAACCGCCGCUGCAGCCUCCACAAAUACACCCUCAGCCCCAUCAGCCAGAAGAUGCACACUAAGUGCCACGUGAAACGAGAACUCUAAAUUAGUAGCAUGAAAAAGUAGCAGCAGCAGCAGCAGCAGUGAGGUUAGGAAUUUAGUUCCAGCAAAUGGAAAAAGAGAGGUACAUAGGGAAUGCAAGAACAAAGUAUGCGAGGAAAAUGUGCAAACAAAGUCGAAGGGCAAGUGCAGUUCAAUGCCGAAAUAGACGUAGGUGUGAAGCAGCAAAUUACACUAUCCACCUACUCGUACAUACAUACAUACGUGUAUAGAGGAAAUUGCGUAUAAAUUAAAUGUAUAGCGGUGAUCAACCUUAUAAAGCAGUAGUAAUAUGAAUAGUAUUUAGUGUGUAUAAAGAAAAGUAUGUCUACCUUUAUUUCGUGUGUGUGUUUUUUUUUUUUUAAUGUUCUCGUAAGGUGUUAGGAGGCUUAUAAUUUCUUACCUAAUGCUGGGAUA